AUGACCAUUCGUCCCCUCAAAAAAGUUGACCAUGAUGCAGCUGCUGGCGAUAACCCCAUCUCCACUGCGGCUCUUGGAAAGGGCGACAAAAUUCUCUGGUCCCUGGACAUCUCUAAGUCCAAGUCCAGGCCUUUGCCGGCCCUUCCUGGAGUCUCACUUAGUGUGUUCAUGGAGAACAUUCCCGAGUCAGUCGCCACGACCAAGUUGCCUCGACCCCAGCAGCGCAUCGAGCGGACAGACCAAUUGGCCUAUUGCAACUCCUUACUGAUCCAGGGGUCACCUGCCUUGUCGUCUGGGCAGGAACCUACUCUUGACAAAGAUGAGCUGGCCUGGCUGAUGGAGAUCAAGAAUGACCCUAUGGAGCGAGAUCGUUUGCAAUGGCUUGCAACUCGUAUGGUAGAGGCGUUCAUCCAGGAUACUGUCAAGGAUACUAACAAGAUCGCAGAGAUUGUCGCUCUAGGACCUAUCCUGCAGAAAGAGCCCUACCGCAAGCUGUUGUUUUCCUUCAUCACGGAGUUUGAAGGGUCUCCACUCUUGGAUGUAAACCUGCUCCAAGGGCUUGUUCAGUUGGUCCAAUCCUCCUCUCCAGGUCACCUUGACUCCGAUGACUUGGUCAAAAUCCUCAGCAUUCUCAGGAUCCGACUGCAAGGCACGCAUCAACAGUCAACUGAGCACCCCUACUACCUCACCUUGGCAAUCUCCGGAGUCCUUGAUGCCAUGGCUGACCACAAGAUCCAGGAUGUGGACAGAGUUCUCGAACACGAGCCUCUGUCUGGGGCCUUGUCAGGGUUGAAGGGCAGCGCCGAUCCUUACCUAAUGUACCAGGCCUGUUAUGCCUUCCAGGCCUUGCAGUAUGUGCCCAACAACGAGACUGUUUUGCAGGCAGUCUCGCGGCAUUCGCGGGGUGUGGUGGAAGGUGUGGUCAAGAUUACGGCACUGGGCAAGCUGGACCUGGAGUCGGUGCUCGAGGGACUGGGAAAUCUUCAGGAGGCACUGGGCGGCAUGAUGGAUAUUGCAGGCACUGUGCACGAAGGAGUGAGUUCCCUGAUGGAGAGCGGUCAAGGCGUCAUGGAGAGUUUGAAGGAGAGAUAUGGAGCCGGCCAGAAGAGACCCUGGUAUGCGGCCAUCCGUGCCGCCUAUGCUCUUGCUGAAGUCGGUCAGUUGAAAGAUCUCAACCGCAUGAUCUGCGAAGUUCCUUGUCGUCGCGACCCCUUGUUCCAGUGGGGUAUCUGCCAGUUGUUGGGUGAGAUGGCGGUCGACACCGUUUGGUCCCUUACCUCGCGUCAGCAAGCUACUGAACUACUUGGUCGCCUCUACAAGAAUGACCCAGAGUGGGGUAGAGAUGAAAGUGUCAAGGCGUGGAUACUGACCAUCAUUGAAAAGCUGGGGUCCAUUGACGACCAGAAGAUUGCCGCCAGUGCUCUAGCUCUGAAGCAGGAGCUCGCCUCAGGCGACACUCCUACAACCCACCACCCUUACCCAUUGCGGUGUCGCCUGCCGACCUCGGCCGCGUCUCCGAUCCUUACCAAGAUCCAGGACAUCCCUUACCUCGAGUACGAGCUGUACAAGCUCCGAUUGCAACGGCUUCAAGAGUACGAUGAACGAGCGAUUUAUGUCCUCCCACAAGCAAAGCCAUCGCUCCUGGCCAAAGACGAUGAGCUCUUUCCUCUGCUGGAGAAAGUUCUUGAGUUUCUUGCCAGUGACCGUCAAGUCAUGUUAGUCUUGGGAGACUCCGGUUCCGGCAAGUCAUCAUUUAAUCAAUACCUGGAGCACUUGCUUUGGAAGGAGUAUAAGCGUGGUGGGCCAAUCCCUCUUUUCAUCAACUUGCCUGCCAUCGACGAUCCCCAGCACGACAUGGUCAAUAAGCAGCUGCAGUCUCACAACUUCGACGAAGAUCAGAUCCUGGAACUCAAGCUACAUCGCCAACUCGUGCUCAUCUGUGACGGAUACGACGAAAGUCAGCAACUAGUCAACCUCCACAGGGCCAACUGUCUCAACCAACCUGGCCAGUGGAACACCAAGAUGAUCAUCAGCUGCAGAUCCCAGUACCUCGGACCUUCCUACCUGGAUCGCUUCAAGCCUCUGUCUGUCGAUCGAUACAACUCGGCUCCUCAGAAUGUCUUCCAGGAGGCCGUCAUCGCUCCUUUCUCCAUGGAGCAGAUCCGCAACUAUGUCGAGCAGUAUGUUCCUCUCGAGCCAAGAACCUGGAGUACCCAAGACUACAUGGACAAGUUGACUACGAUCCCUAACCUCAUGGAUCUGGUCAGAAAUCCGUUCCUCCUCUUACUCGCGCUCGAGGCACUUCCAGAUGUCACAAAGGGCAACAAGGAUCUGUCCACAAUCAAGAUUGUUCGCAUUCAGCUCUACGACAUCUUUGUCGACCACUGGCUCAAUGUCAACAAGAAACGGCUCCGAAGCAAUACCUUGUCCAGGCAGGAUUCCGACAUGUUGGAGAUGCUUGAGGAGGCGGGCUUUGUGGCGAUGGGCGUGGACUACUCUACGAGGCUGGCAUCGGCGAUGUUUGAGAGGCAGAACGGAAAGGCCGUCGUCAAAUAUCUCCAUCUCAAGGACAAGACGACGUGGAAGGUCGAGUACUUUGGUCCGGAUCCGGAAGUGCGACUGUUGAGAGAGGCCUCACCGCUGACUCGCUCCGGUACUUUCUUCCAGUUUCUUCACCGAUCUAUGCUGGAGUAUUUCUUUUCUUGCACCGUUGUCGGUUCCAGUACCUCUGCGCCUGUUGAAGAAUGCGCUCCGCAAUCGACACCCGGCUCUUCCGACGUCCAACCACUCGACCCCAAGUGCCCCUUGUUCACGCGCAAUCUUCUCGACGAGCCCCCCGUUAUACAGUUCCUCAGCGAGCGAGUACAGAAGAACCCUGUCUUCAAGGGUCAGCUCCUUGAGGUCGUCGAGAGGUCCAAGGCCGAUGCCUCCUUCGCCACCGCCGCUGCCAAUGCUAUCACCAUCCUGGUCAGAGCCGGUGUGGCCUUCCAUCGGUACGAUUUCCGAGGCAUUCGUAUUCCAGACGCGGAUCUUUCCGGCGGGCAGUUUGAUUCGGCACUGUUUCAAGGAGCCGACCUCACGCGUGUCAAUUUCGGGGUGAGCUGGCUACGCAAUGCUGACUUCAGCAACGCGCAGAUGGAGGGCAUUCGGUUCGGGGAACAGCCUUACCUAGAGGAAACCUUCUGUUCCUGGACUUGUUGUUAUUCGCCUCUAGAGAAUAUGCUUGCAGUCGGCCUAGAAGGUGGUGGUCUCGUUCUAUACGACACAUCGACCGGGAAGAAGAUCCGCUCGCUUUUGGGACAUGCUGACGAUCUGGCAUGUUUAGGGUUUUCACUCGAUGGCCAGCGAUUGGUAUCUGGAAGUAUGGAUUUCACAGUACAAGUGUGGGACUGCAGCAGCGGUGAUCUUCUUGCGACCAUGAGCGGCCAUGAAGGAAAUGUGUCAUCGGUGGCGUUUUCUCCUUGUGGCAAAUAUGUUGCAUCGGGCGGCGAAGAUGGGGUGGUGCGAUUGUGGGACUCGGUGACUAGAGGGCCGCUGUUUGUGUUGGGGGAUCAUACAGGUACUGUCUAUGACGUCAAGUUUACUCCAGAUGGACACCUACUUGCUUCGUGCGGUCAAGACGGGACGGUUCGAUUCUGGGACUCGGAAACAGGAGCGCCAGGAGAUGUUUGGGAGGCGGAUCAUGAACCUGUCCUUUGUCUCGACAUUUCACCUGAUGGUCAACAAGUCGUAAUUGGGUGUAUGGAUGGCAAUCUGAGGCUUUGGAAUAUUGUGUCUAAGUCGCCAGGUCCUGUCUUACGCGGCCACACAGACAUGGCCAUGUGUGUCUCGUUUUCUGCCGAUGGCAAACGGAUCGCUUCUGGCAGCGCUGACUCCACAAUCAGACUCUGGGAUACAUCUGCAUGCACCCUCAUCUCCACGUACAGCACGACAAGGUCGGUCUUCAAUGUGUCAUUCUCGCCGGAUGGUCGAACUCUCGCUUUGGCUGAUGGCACUAAAAGUAUCCGCAUAUGGGACGGGAGCUCCAAUGGAUCCAGCGUCGGUCAGCCUGGACAUUCAUCCAGUGUUAUGUCGGUCGCUUACCUACCCACUGGAGAGUCUAUUAUUUCUAGCGGCCUGGACAAAACCGUGCGGCAGUGGGACACUCUCACAGGUGCUCUAGAAUCCACCCAUGCUCUUGGAUUACCUUUGAGUGAGUCGAUCUUCUUACACGAGCUUUCACCGGACCUCCAGCAAACGGCCUACUGCUCUGAUGAGACGAUUCAGUUGCAGGACUUUCGAACCGGAGUCGUUGAUCUUGUUUUGGAAGGUCAUACCAAGGAGGUAAAGAGGUUCACCUACUCGCCAUGUGGUCGGUGGAUCGCGUCUGGGGGUAAGGAAAGGAGCGUACGCAUAUGGGACCUGCAUAAUGGUGGACAAGGUCAUGUUUUGUCUGAGGUGGACGCCGAGUCGGAUGACGCUGAGUCCGAUGCCGAGUCCGAUGCCGAAUCCGAUGCCGAGUCCGAUGCCGCGCUAGAUGCCGAGCUUGAUGCCGAGUCUUAUCAGGAUGGGCCUGAUGCCGAGCCUGAUGAGGGUGAGCCUGACGCCGAGUUUGAUGAGGAUGAGUCUGAUACCGAGUCUGAAGAUGCUGUACCAGAUGCCGAGCCUGAGCGCCAAGUGCGCUUUCAAAUUGCCUUAACAUUUACGUCGACAGGACUUCGGCUGGCGAUCGGCAUUAACGAUGGCACGGUCAACAUAUACGACACCCAGUCAAAGGAGCUCUUGACGACAACAACUCUCGAGGAUCAAGGAGUCAGUGCAUUGGCCUACUCACCAAACGAUCAAGAGCUCGCCAUCGGUGGCUCUGAAGGAGCUGUAGUCUUGUGGGACAUCCAGUCGGACGAGCGUGGCCAUACUCUGAAUUUCGGAACUGCCGCUGCCCGUUGUAUCACCUAUUCCCCCUGGAAGGAUUGGUUGGCUUUUGGAGAUGAAGAUAUGAGUGUUCAUCUUUGCCGGCGCCGCCAGCCUCAGUCGGAGUCAAGUGAUAUGGAGGCCCCGUGGUGUGUUGUAUAUGUUGUUGAGGGAUUUUUGCACUGGGUUAAGGAUAUUGCCUGGAACCCUGUUGUUCGGAAUGAGUUUGUCACUGGUUCCCUCGAUCGGUCUGUUCGUGUUUGGCAAAUCUUGGAGGGUGACGGCUCAGUUUGUGUUGAGUUGGUCUGGGGUUCUAGCAUUGGCAUGCUCGACGCGGCCGGUAUGAGGCUUGAUGAUGUCGUUGGUCUGGAUAUUGGCAGUCGGAGACUGCUGAAGCAACGCGGUGCCGUCGGCGAUUUCUUGGCUUUUGAGGGGGAUGAAGCGGAUGUAGGAUCCGAUGGCGUCUUGGACAUCGCAGGUGAAAAUUAG